CCUGCUGGAGGGAGGGGGCCUGGUUCUACCGAAGGCGCUCCCAGCCUAGAAAGCGGUGCCUGCGUUCAUCCGCCGACAGCGCUGGCCUGUGCCUGCCGGGGUCCCCGCUGGGGGACAGUUCCUGUCCUGGAGACUUCGUUCCGGGGGAGAACUAGGCAGUAGAUACUCAGAAAUCGAGACAGACUAUCCUGUCCACCAUGGCCAGGCGCCCGCGGAGCAGCAGAGCAUGGCAUUUUGUCCUGAGUGCAGCCCACCGAGACGCAGAUGCCCGGGCCAUGGCUCUGGCAGGGACCACUACCUGGGGCUAUGACUCUGAUGGGCAGCACAGUGACUCUGACUCUGACCCUGAGUACUCGUCCCUGCCAGCAUCCAUCCCCAGUGCUGUGCCUGUGACGGGUGAGUCCUUCUGCAACUGUGAUAAUCAGAGCGAGGCCUCCUUCUGCAGCAGCCUGCACACAGCUGCGCACCGGGGCAAGGACUGCCGCUGUGGGGAGGAAGAUGAGUAUUUUGAUUGGGUCUGGGAUGACUUGAAUAAGUCCUCAGCCACCCUGCUGAGCUGUGACAACCGGAAGGUCAACUUCCAUGUGGAGUACAGCUGCGGCACAGCGGCCAUCCGAGGCACCAAGGAACUAGGGGAGGGGCAGCACUUCUGGGAGAUCAAGAUGACCUCACCUGUGUACGGCACUGAUAUGGUAAGUGACAGGCAGGGCCGUGGGGGGAGGAGCUCUGCUGGUGUCCUGGCCCCGGCCCCCCUCUGCCUGGCCUGUUGUCUCCAGAUGGUGGGCAUUGGGACGUCGGAUGUGGACCUGGACAAGUACCACCACACGUUCUGCAGCCUGCUUGGCAGGGAUGAGGACAGCUGGGGCCUCUCCUACACAGGGCUCCUCCACCACAAGGGCGACAAGACAAGCUUCUCCUCGCGGUUCGGCCAGGGCUCCAUCAUUGGCGUGCACCUGGACACCUGGCAUGGGACACUGACCUUCUUUAAGAACAGGAAGUGCAUAGGUGUGGCAGCCACAAAGCUGCAGAACAGGAAGUUCUAUCCAAUGGUGUGCUCCACCGCGGCCAAGAGCAGCAUGAAGGUCAUCCGCUCCUGUGCCAGCGCCACCUCCCUACAGUACCUGUGUUGCCACCGCCUGCGCCAGCUACGACCCAACUCUGGGGACACGCUUGAGGGCCUGCCCUUGCCACCUGGCCUCAAGCAGGUGCUACAAAACAAGCUGGGCUGGGUCCUGAGCAUGAGCUGUGGCCACCACAAGUCCCCCAUGCCCUCACCCAAAGCCACGGUCAGUCCCAACAGCCCAGAGACCCGGCGCUGCCAGAGAAAACGCUGCCGAAGGACCUAACUUAUUUUCCAAUGAAAACUGCCUCCUGAGGCGAGGACAGCAUUUUCUCCAUCUUUUCCCUCAGGCCAUGCUCCAGAGUAACAGGAGAGGGAGGAGUUGGGCCAAGGUCUGUCUGGGCCGUCCCCCUGCCCUCAGAGGCUAGGUCAGGCCUUGCCGCAAGUUCAGAGGCCGCAGGCCCUGGGAUCCUGAGACCAGAACUGAAUCCAUCUGUUUCCUGUGCGGGGUAUGGCAGUGGCUGCUUCUCUCCUUGGAGUCUCUUAUGAGUGGCCACACCAGCUCUUCUGGACUGAGUCUGCUGGCCUGGAGGCUGUAGUCUGUGGCCUCAUCAGAUGUCACCUUUCCUGUAGCUGCCAGCCUUCGGGGACCUUGGGUUUGUCCUCACUUGCUUUGCAUGUUGUCAGUUGUUCCUCCUGUCUGAGACUGAAACGAUCGUAAUAAACUCUGAGUUUAUACC